GAUAAAAAAUCUCCUUAUCCCUUGGGUCAAUUUAGGCGUGCAAAAUCCACUUCCAUGAUAGAACUUUUUAAAGACUGUAAAGAUAAAGAAAAUACUCCUCCCAGAUUGUCAACAUAUGCUUCCCCGUCUUACUCUCCUUUAUCUGAUCAAAGCCCUCUUUCUAGUCCGUUGAAACGGAUGGCAGAAUCUCCAAUUACUCAAUAUUUUAAACGUGUUGAUAUCUCGAAAACUGUGAUUAAAAGUACUGCCAUAAAAUCUACUCCUAUAAGAUCCGGUGAUGUCGUAAAAUCUACUCUUACAAGGUCCGAGAAUGAUAUGUUGAUCUCUCCUGCUCCGAAUUUUAUGGCUUUUAAAAAAGAAAAAGUAACAAUAUCAGCUAAUGUUUCCGCUCUUCGUCAUGUUUCUAAGAAUCACGUGACUCCUCCUACCAAAAGUGGAAUCAAUGGAUAUUUCCAUAAAGUUAGAGGAAAACAUAAAAAGGUUUCAAGAUAUAUUACUGAAGAUAAAUUACAUGAUGUAUCACCGGAAACUCUUCGUGUUUUUGCGGCUGCUCGUGGAGGAGAUAUUUCACUAUUUAGAGAGUAUGCUAUGGAGAAU